UCUCUACACUCACAUGUGCACCGAUUUAUUUGGCAAAAAUUACACAACGGCAGUACUUCAAAAAAGCAUCGAUAGAGUCAAUUAUCAAUUCGGUGGCGCGGACUUCUACAACGUUACAAACGUUGUGAUUCCAAACGGCUCACUUGAUCCUUGGCAUGUACUCGGAAUACGCACAUCUAAUCACCCUUCAGUGGUUCCUUAUUUAAUAAAAGGUACGGCCCACUGCGCAGAAAUGUACCCACCAAGAGAUGAAGAUUCACCUGAACUAAUCAGAGCUCGAAAAGUUAUAGAAGAAAAUAUUGAUAAAUGGUUAGCUCCGUCACCAACAAGGACAACGAUUGAAAUGUCAACAACAAAGUCAACAAAAGAAACAACAACGAAGGUUCCCGGACAACACUCUACUUCACUUCUAGGAUUCACCUUCACUAUCAACCUUUUGGUGGCACUAGCUUUGGUUUUUUGCUAAUA